UAGUAACCAAUGUGCUUCAGUGUUUUCCGAUUAGACCUAUCGAGUUUUCGAAGCGAUACUCAAGCGCACAUUGUAUAUAAGCGUAUACAUGUCCACGUAUGCAAGACAUAUUGCGACGUGACAGCAGUAGUUAAGGUUCACGAGAUAAGCGUCGUUUUCGGGACUCGUUCCAUGUAACACAACACGGAGGUACUGUUCGCAUAUACGAGAUUCGACUUGCAUCGUCCAGAUAGAAAGAAAGAGGGGGCGUGACAACGAUUGAGUUAUUUGAAGAGUCACGCAGGACAAAGCAAACCCGUUACGGUUAGCAGCUAUUCAGCCAAGUUAAUACAGAUUCAAACGCCUGUAUAAAAAACACCUAUAUCCAGUACAUAUUAUAAAAAUGACUGAAUGCAUCGAGCGCAAAAAUAUAUUGACAGAUAGAUUUUUCAAGCCCGCUUCGAAUUUACAUUUAUCAACAACAAUAACAAGUUCAUCUAUAAGCAACGAUAUAUAUCUCGAUGAAAUUGACAGCAUUGACUAUCAUUUCGAAGAUGCACGCAAGGAAAGUUUCAGAAACUGGCCAUGUGCAUCUAUACUACCAGCGAGACUUGCGGCAGCAGGAUUUUACUAUACAGGAGAGAGCGACAAAGUGAGAUGUUUCGAGUGUCAUGUGGAAAUAAGCCAAUGGCUGCCAGAUGAUGACCCGAUGGUCGAUCAUCAACGGUGGUCUGCGAAAUGUAGGUUUAUUCGGAAUAUUCCGUGUGGCAAUGUACCCACGGGUGUAGAUCCCAGCACAAUUCCACCAUCGGUGCCUAGAGGAAGAGAUGUGUGUGGACCUUAUGGUAUAGAAUACAGUCCUAAUGCUACUUCAGAUAAUACCACCACCAAUGUACACAUACAAGAUACAGCAGCAGUAACGCUUAACUUUGGAGCAGGAGGAGGAGGAGGACGUGCUGACUCCUCAAAGAACCCGAAACAUCCUCAAUUUGCUAAUUAUGACGAUAGAUUACGUACAUUUGAAAUGUGGCCUAUAUCAAUGCCACAAACCAAGGAGCAAUUGGCAACUGCUGGAUUUUAUUAUACAGGAAAUGGUGAUCAAACAUUAUGCUAUUAUUGCGGAGGCGGAUUGAAAGAUUGGGAGCCAGAGGAUGAUCCUUGGGAACAGCAUGCCAAAUGGUUUUCUAAAUGUUGUUACUUGCUUAUGGUUCAAGGACAGGAAUAUGUAAACAAAGUUACUGGAAAAUCCAACAGCAAACAGGAAUCUUAUAAGCAAUCUAUAGCAAUCUGUGAGGAAGAUGAAAAAGUUGACGAUGAGGAGGAGUGUUAUCCUCCUCCUGGACCAAGCUCUCAAAAUUCAAUAGGCUCUCAAGAUAGUGGCUUUGAGAGCAUAGGCGGCGGAAUCUCGACGGAAUCAAACGAGUUUAGUAGUGAUCAUCGAUUAUCUACUGUCGCAAAAUCGCAAAAUAAUUUACCCGGUAAACCAAUCGAUGAUGCGAGGAUGUGCAAAAUCUGUUAUAACAGAGAAUUAAGGAAAGUAUUUGUACCGUGUGGACACUUGGUUGCUUGUGCUGAGUGUGCAAAGAACAUGAAAACAUGUGCAGUAUGUCGUAAACCCGUGGUGGAUACUGUACAAGCCAUCAUCUCAUAGUCACUAUAUCAUAAUUUUUUGAAUUUCAUCAUUGAACAUCGGUAGCAAAAGCGUUACUUUUGCAGAGAUAAAAACUAUAUGACAUGACUCAUGUAGUAUACCAUUCUGCAAGUACAAUCUAUACAAUGAGAUGAAUGAAGCUAUUUUGAACCAGACACGGAUAAUUAAUGUUAUAAUGCUGUAUAAUAGUUCUAUAAUGAUGACAGCCAUACAUAUUUUUUUAAUGAAUAAAGGACCAGUAUGUUUUA